AUGAGUGCCAACGAGGACCAGGAGAUAGGUGAAAAUGGUGAUCCCAAAGCCUUCUUAAUAGAGAUUUCCUGGACAGAGACAUAUCCCCAAACACCUCCAAUUAUAUCUAUGAACGCUUUUUUUAACAACACCAUAUCAUCAGCUGUAAAGCAGAGUAUAUUAGCCAAGUUGCAGGAGGCAGUAGAAGUUAAUCUUGGAACCGCUAUGACCUAUACACUGUUUGAAUAUGCCAAGGACAAUAAAGAGCAGUUCAUGGAGAAUCACCAUCCCAUUAAUUCUGCAGUGAAUCACAAAGGGGAACUUCCUCGAGGUUGGAACUGGGUUGAUGUUGUAAAGCAUUUAAGCAAAACUGGCUCUAAAGAUGAUGAAUAGUGCUUGGAAUUUGAGACAAGGAAAGAACAUUCUUUUAAAAGUAAACUGGGUUCACAGUCUUUCAUUACUGUUUUAUGGUAUUGAGGUGGCUUUUUAUAAAAUAAUUUUUUGUAUGUUUCUUACAUUAAAAAUGUGAGCUGAAAGUUCAUGAAGAGAUCUGGUUGUAUUAAAUUAUUUUCACAAACUUGCCUUAAUAAAAGGUGAAAAUGUUACUGUUUAGUAUACUUUAUGAAGCCUAUUGAGCUUUAAAAGUGGAUAAAUAUGGGGAAAAAUAAUCAGUGUUAAUUUAUAUGAUCUUAACUCUAGCGGAUGUGAUUUUUUUAAAGGAGUAUGAAGCCCUUUUCAAAUUGUCACCCCAGUGGAGUUGAAUACUGACUCAACAGUUAUUCCAUAGCAUGAUCCGUUUUAAUAGGCUUCUCAUGUUAAGUAAAGUCUUCAUCUCUUCUUUCGCUUAAUUACUGGGAACCGUAAAUUGCUUCAGAGAAAUUUAAAUACCAAUAUUUGAACUUUAUACAUGAUACUCUUUGUAGUUCCUUUUUAUUUUUCAAGAGUGAACUGCUUCCCUUAAAUAAAUUGAUACCUAUUGAUACUUUUCUCUUGAUUUGGGUCAAGAUGUUUGAUGAUGAGAGCUUUCAAUGGUAUGUGAAAUAGGAGAAUAUAAAAUCUGCCAAAUACUUUAGAAAGCAUUUGAUUAAGGAGUGCUCGCUCUUAUUUACAUUUCCCUUUGAUGCAUACACCAGGAUGGAAGUGAAAGAUGCCUUAAUAUUUAAUUUUUAUAUUGUUGGAAACAAUGAUUUUAAUAAAUUCCUGUUUAUCUGCUACUGUGUGUUUUUAGUUGUUGGAUAACUGAGGUCUUUUAAAUGGUUCAACAGAAAACCACAUCUCAAGUCUUAUUUCUUUUUGGAGUGUCUUUUCAAGUGUGAAAAUAUUUCUCAAUCUAAGCAUCUUUUUAAUAAUGUACAUGGAAGUCUUCCAAAUGCUGGACUGUUACAAUGCUUGAUUUUUUAAUCAUUAAUAGAAGAAACUGUUGGUAUAGUUUUACCAAGAAAAGUUACUGAUGUUUAUGGUUUACAGGGAUUUUGUAUGUGCUCCCCAGCUUUAAGAACACUUAGAACUACUGCUGUAUCUGGAAGGGUAGAUUGUUAGUUCCUCAAGGUAUACCUGUGCAGCUUUGGGUCUGAGUUUUUAAAGAAUAAUUAACUUUUAAAGAAGUUAUCUUAGCAUAAGAGCAGUUUGAGUUGUAUCCAUGAUUUUUACUGGUUAACUUUGGCUUUGAUUAAAUUGUUUGAAUUAUAAAGUCUAAGUAUAAUUACAGUGAAGGAGUUUAAUCUCAUUUCAAAAACCUGAAUCAUUUUAUUUUUUGAAUUAAUUUAGAGCAAAAUAUGUUAAAAUCAGGACCACUGGAAUAUACCAACUUACGUUACCGGAUUGUGUAUGUGUAGUUUUUAUUGUUGUGUUGAUUUGUCUGCUUAUUUUUCUAAGAAACGUCUGCUAGUGGAAGAAAAUGUUUUGCUCUGAAGAUUGUGAAAUUGUUCAGGCUUAUCUUGGCUCAUGGAUUACAAAGAAUAAUGCUAGUUAUAUGCCAAUGAACUAUUUUUACUCUUUUUAUAUGAAAUGUACGAAUUUCUAGGGGUGACGGUGGGAGUGGUGCCUCUAAUUACCUUAUAUAAAACACUUGAACAGUCUCAUCGAUAUUGCCAUCACUGUUUAAUACUCUCAGUAUAUUUUCUCAACAUCUGUUUACUUAAAAUUGUGUAGAGUGACAUAAUUAAUAAGCAAUAAAGUCUGAAUUACAC